AUGUCAUGGUUCAGAAAUAAAGAUUAUUAUUAUUAUUAUUUCAGGUACAUUAUUCCUGUUUCGAACCCGGAUGGAUACGAGUACAGUAUAAAUAAGAAUAGACUGUGGAGGAAGAAUAGAAGGAGAUUCAGUGGACCUUGCGAUGGAGUCGACAUCAACAGAAACUUUGAUUCAUAUUGGAGCUUCAAAGGCGCAUCGUCCGACAUAUGCGCACAUGAUUAUUUCGGACUGCAUGCCUUCUCUGAACAAGAAUCUAUAGCAAUCAGAGACUUGCUGCAGGGAACCCAUUUCACCGGUUUCGUGUCUAUCCAUGGAUUCGGCUCCGGAGUAUAUUUUCCUUGGAUGGCGACUGGUAGGAAAACUACAGAUUAUAAAAUGCAUUCUCACGUCAGCAAAGAAGUUAAAAAGGUGGGGUUCCAUACAAUAUUUGUAAAUUUUGUGUACCUGCUUACACUGUUGAAGUAUUGUAUGUACAUAGUAAAUAUUACUAUAAUAUUUUAUGUAUACAUUAUAUGUAUAUUGAUAUGAAAGCUAAAUGUGUGCUCCGAUUCGUGUGAAAAAUAGCUGUACUUAGCUUUCUCUUUUAGUUUUAAUCUACUUCCACACUCAAUCAGUAAUCUUUUGAGCUUUUGUUAUUAUUUUUUUUUAUUUGUUACCUCUUCAUUUUCAAGGCUUGAUAUUUUCAACUUACCCACCUAUUUAACUAUUGUAUUUUUCGCAAAUAAAAGCCCUGUCGCGCUUAGAUUAGUUAUUCCUUAUUCAAGUUUUCCUUCAGUACGGAAUGUUUCUUAUCUUUGAUAGACACUUUUAGUUGAGUCAAUGAAGCUUUUUACCUGGAAACCCGGUGGAACAGCUUCGAUUUUGAUGAUUUUUUUCUCAAAAAAUUGGUUUUUUUAUAUUAUUUGAAAUCAGAAACCUCUGGAGAGGGGGA